UGCCCUUUGCCUGUGGAGGCGAGGCCGGAGGAGCAUCUCCUCGCCGCUGGGAGUGAAGCCGCCGCCGGGGCCUCCCGGCCCGCAGCCAGAGCGGGGCCGCCGCGUUCCCUCCCGCCGCAGGACGCGCAGCGGAGGAGCAGCAGGAGGAGCAGGGCGGGCGGCCAUGGGGCGGCUCUGACAGGGCUCCGGGCGUUCUCCCGCCGCCCUUCGGCGCAGCAGAGGAGGAGAGGGCGGCGAUGAAGACUUUAGCUUUUUCCAAUCCCUGAAAGGCCUUAAAAGGAGACUCGGUAAGGAGGAGGAGGAGGAGGCGGUGGCUGGGGACGGCUCCCCGGGGCAGGACGUGGCUGCGCCCUGAGGGGCCCCACCCCCACGGCGGCGGCGGCGGCGGCGGCGGCGGCGGCGGCGAGGGGACCGCCGGGCGCUGCCCCUGCCCGGGAGGCCGAGGCCCAGGCGGCCGUGCCGCUGCCCGCCCUGUUGUUCCCUCUCGACGUCAAUAUAUAUAUUUAUUCUUUUUUUUUUUCCCCCCACUUCCGAUCCUUUCUUGGAAGCGAAAUCCGAUGCGGGCGGAAUGGGGCUUUUACACUUUAAUGAUACAGUGGGAUUCGUUUCAGGGUUGUGUUGCAUGAUCUGAAUUUUGAAUGAAGAAGAAGGACGUUUUUAAAGAUAUAAAAACUUACAUCCAUCUACGCGCGGUAAAAUCGGUGUCAGGCAGUCCUGGUGGGAAUUCAGGGUGAUUAUUAUCACUGAAGUGUCAGAAGAAGCAAUCUAUUUUUCCUUAUUAAGCAUAUUAGAAGAUUUUUCUUUAUUUUCUUAAAUUAAAAAAAUUAUAUAUACGCCUAUAUAUGUACAUAUAUAUAUACACGCGCUCACACACGUAGCGUUUAUCUGUGUGCGCCUGAACUUCCCAGGGCUCAGCCCCAGGCUGGGAGCCGAGGUGGGCUGUAAAUAAGGCACCACCAAGGCUUGACACUUGGUAAGAGUACUGUCGACUUCUUUUCAAACAACACCUUGAAAAGCUGGUUUUUGGAUUUUUUUUUUUUUUUUUUUUGGACGAAGUAAUAAUAAUAAUUAAAAAGGAAACCCCAUUGCAAACUGAAACAACCAUGUCUGGAGAAGUGCGUCUGAAGCAGUUGGAGCAGUUUAUUUUGGAUGGGCCAACUCAGACUAAUGGGCAGUGCUUCAGCGUGGAAACCUUGCUGGAUAUACUCAUCUGCCUGUACGACGAAUGUAACAAUUCCCCUCUGAGAAGAGAGAAGAACAUCCUCGAGUAUCUAGAAUGGGCCAAACCAUUUACAUCUAAAGUGAAACAGAUGCGACUACAUAAAGAAGAUUUUGAAAUCCUGAAGGUGAUUGGUCGGGGAGCUUUUGGUGAGGUUGCAGUAGUAAAACUGAAGAAUGCAGAUAAGGUUUUUGCCAUGAAGAUACUUAAUAAGUGGGAGAUGCUGAAGAGAGCUGAAACAGCAUGUUUUCGAGAAGAGAGAGAUGUGUUAGUGAAUGGAGAUAACCAGUGGAUCACAACAUUACAUUACGCGUUCCAGGAUGAAAACUAUUUAUACCUGGUUAUGGAUUAUUACGUUGGAGGAGACCUACUGACGUUGCUUAGCAAGUUUGAGGACAGAUUACCUGAAGAUAUGGCUCGAUUUUAUUUGGCUGAAAUGGUGAUAGCCAUCGAUUCUGUGCAUCAGUUGCAUUAUGUCCACAGGGAUAUUAAACCAGACAACAUCUUGAUGGAUAUGAAUGGCCAUAUUCGAUUAGCAGAUUUUGGUUCUUGUCUGAAACUGAUGGAAGAUGGAACGGUUCAAUCUUCAGUAGCUGUUGGGACGCCAGACUACAUCUCUCCAGAAAUUUUGCAGGCCAUGGAAGAUGGAAAAGGGAAGUAUGGGCCUGAGUGUGACUGGUGGUCCCUAGGCGUUUGCAUGUAUGAAAUGCUUUAUGGAGAAACACCCUUUUAUGCUGAGUCCUUGGUGGAGACCUAUGGGAAAAUAAUGAACCACAAAGAGAGGUUCCAGUUUCCUGCUCAAGUGACGGAUGUCUCUGAAAGUGCAAAGGACCUCAUCCGAAGGCUAAUUUGUAGCAGAGAGCAUCGGCUUGGACAGAAUGGGAUAGAAGACUUUAAGAACCAUCCAUUUUUUGCUGGGAUUGACUGGGACAACAUUAGAAACUGUGAUGCACCUUACAUUCCAGAAGUCAGCAGCCCCACUGAUACAUCAAACUUCGAUGUGGAUGAUGAUUGCUUAAAAAAUUCUGAGACGAUGCCUCCACCAUCACACACUGCGUUUUCUGGUCAUCAUUUACCAUUUGUAGGUUUCACAUAUACAAGUAGCUGUGUGCUUUCAGACCGCAGCUGUCUAAGACUGACAGCUGGACCACCCUCCAUGGAUCUUGAUGCCAACAUUCAAAGAACUUUGGAGGACAGUUUAGCAACAGAAGCUUAUGAGAGGAGAAUAAGACGUCUAGAGCAGGAAAAGCUUGAACUUAGUAGAAAACUGCAAGAGUCCACUCAGACAGUCCAGGCUCUUCAGUAUUCAACAGUGGAUGGCCCAAUUGCAGCAAGCAAAGAUUUAGAAAUUAAAAGCUUAAAAGAAGAAAUUGAAAAGUUGAAGAAACAGGUAACAGAUUCUGGACAUCUAGAACAGCAACUUGAAGAGGCCAGCACUGCAAGGCGGGAGUUGGACGAUGCUUCCAGACAAAUAAAGGCUUUUGAGAAACAGGUUAGAACACUGAAGCAAGAGAGGGAAGAUCUUAAUAAGGAACUGGCAGAGUCUAGUGACAGAUUAAAAUCUCAAGCCAAAGAGCUGAAAGAUGCACACAGCCAGCGGAAAUUGGCAAUGCAGGAGUUCUCAGAGAUGAACGAGCGGCUGACAGACUUGCACUCUCAAAAACAAAAGCUUGCCCGCCAGCUCCGAGAUAAGGAAGAAGAAAUGGAAGUGGUGAUGCAAAAAGUAGAAAGUUUAAGGCAAGAGUUACGCAGAACAGAGAGACUUAAAAAAGAACUGGAAGUCCAAGCUGAAGCUGCGGCUGCUGAGGCAUCCAAAGACAGGAAAUUGCGAGAGCGGAGUGAGCAGUACUCUAAGCAGCUGGAAAGUGAAGUAGAGGGGCUAAAGCAAAAACAGAUUGGUCGCUCACCUGGGGUAAGCAGUAUAGAACACCAGCAAGAGAUCACUAAAUUAAAGGCAGACCUGGAAAAGAAAAGUGUUUUCUAUGAAGAGGAACUAUCUAAACGUGAAAUAAUGCAUGCUAAUGAAAUAAAAAGUCUGAAGAAGGAACUACGGGAUGCAGAGAGCCAGCAGCUUGCACUUAAGAAGGAGAUCAUGAUUUUGAAAGACAAGUUAGAGAAAACCAGAAGAGAAAACCAAAGUGAAAGAGAGGAAUUUGAAACAGAGUUCAAACAGAAGUAUGAACGGGAAAAGAUUCUGCUAACAGAGGAAAACAAGAAACUUUCAAAUGAACUUGAUAAGCUCACCACCAUGUUUGAGAGGCUGAGUAUGAAUAACCGGCAGCUGGAAGAAGAAAUGAGAGACCUAGCUGAUAAAAAGGAAUCUGUAGCCCACUGGGAGGCCCAAAUUACCGAGAUCAUCCAAUGGGUAAGUGAUGAAAAAGAUGCUCGAGGUUAUCUUCAAGCCUUGGCUUCUAAAAUGACAGAAGAACUAGAGGCCCUGAGGAAUUCCAGCUUGGGUGCAAGAGCUACAGACAUGCCCUGGAAGAUGCGCCGUUUUGCAAAGCUAGAUAUGUCCGCAAGGUUGGAACUACAGUCAGCUCUUGAUGCUGAAAUCCGAGCCAAACAGGCUAUUCAAGAUGAGUUGAAUAAAGUCAAAGCUUCCUGUAUCUCUACAGAGUGUAAAUUGCAAGAAUCAGAGAAGAAGAAUUUGGAACUGUUGACAGAUAUUGAAAGGCUGAAGAAGGAGACAGAAGAACUUAGAUCAGAAAAGGGUGUAAAGCACCAAGACUCACAGAAUUCUUUCUUGGCAUUUUUGAAUGCGCCUACCUCUGCUCUGGAUCAAUUUGAAGUUACGGAUCAUCCUCCUCGAUCAAUUCACACACCAACCAUGCGGACUGCGUAUAUUGGAUCGGGACUCUCUGCACCAAAGCCUAAAGCCCAUCAGUUUGUAGUGAAAUCAUUUAAUACCCCAACAAAAUGCAAUCAAUGCACAUCUCUAAUGGUUGGUUUAAUAAGACAGGGCUGCACUUGUGAAGUGUGUGGAUUCUCCUGCCACGUGACCUGUGCAGACAAGGCCCCCGCAGUAUGUCCAAUCCCUCCUGAACAGACUAAGGGCCCUUUGGGAAUAGAUCCUCAGAAAGGUAUAGGAACAGCUUACGAAGGACAUGUCCGAGUACCAAAACCAGCUGGUGUAAAGAAAGGUUGGCAGAGAGCACUGGCGGUAAUCUGUGAUUUUAAACUCUUCCUGUAUGAUAUAGCAGAAGGAAAAGCAUCGCAGCCAAGUGUGGUAGUGAGUCAGGUCAUAGACAUGAGGGAUGAAGAAUUCUCAGUGAGUUCUGUCUUGGCUUCGGAUGUCAUCCAUGCAAAUCGAAAAGAUAUCCCCUGUAUCUUUAGAGUCACAGCUUCCCAACUCUCUGCAACCAGUAAUAAGUGUUCAAUCCUGAUUCUAACAGACGGUGAGAAUGAAAAAAGCAAGUGGGUAGGAGUGCUGAAUGAAUUGCAUAGGAUCUUGAAGAAAAACAAACUCAAAGACCGCUCAGUCUAUGUUCCCAAAGAAGCUUAUGACAGCACCUUACCCCUCAUCAAAACAACGCAGUCAGCAGCAAUCAUAGAUCAUGAAAGAAUAGCACUGGGGAAUGAAGAAGGGUUAUUUGUUGUGCAUGUCACCAAAGAUGAGAUAAUCCGUGUUGGUGAUAAUAAGAAGGUUCAUCAGAUUGAGCUUAUCCCAAGUGAACAGCUCAUUGCAGUAAUCUCAGGACGAAACCGUCACGUGCGACUUUUCCCUAUGACAGCCCUGGAUGGAAGGGAGACUGAGUUUUAUAAGUUGGCAGAAACAAAAGGCUGCCAGUCAAUAGUUUCUGGACACGUGCGCCAUGGAGCCCUUACAUGCCUUUGUGUAGCUAUGAAAAGGCAAGUCCUCUGUUACGAACUAAAUCAGAGUAAGACACGUCACAAAAAGAUCAAGGAGAUCCAAGUCCAGGGGAACGUCCAGUGGAUGUCGGUCUUCAGUGAGCGUCUUUGUGUGGGCUACCAGUCAGGUUUCAUAAAGCAUCCCCUUCAUGGAGAAGGCAGCCCAUACAGUCUGCUCCAUCCAGAUGACCACACGCUAUCGUUUAUCUCACAGCAGCCAACUGAUGCCAUCUGUGCAGUCGAAAUCUCAAAUAAAGAAUACCUGCUGUGUUUUAGCAGCGUAGGGGUUUACGUUGACUGCCAGGGCCGGAGAUCAAGACAACAAGAAUUGAUGUGGCCUGCAACUCCAUCAUCUUGCUGUUACAAUGCACCAUACCUCUCUGUGUAUAGCGAAAAUGCAAUUGAUAUCUUUGACGUGAACUCCAUGGAGUGGAUUCAGACUAUUCCUCUCAAAAAGGUACGACCCUUGAAUACAGAAGGAUCACUCAACCUUUUAGGUUUGGAGACAGUUAGAUUAAUAUAUUUCAAAAACAAAAUGGCAGAGGGUGAUGAACUGGUGGUUCCUGAAACAUCAGAUAACAGCCGGAAGCAAAUGGUUCGAAACAUCAACAACAAGCGCCGCUAUUCAUUCAGAGUACCAGAAGAGGAGAGGAUGCAGCAGAGGAGGGAGAUGCUACGCGAUCCAGAAAUGAGAAAUAAAUUAAUUUCUAACCCAACUAAUUUUAACCACAUAGCACAUAUGGGUCCUGGAGAUGGUAUACAGAUUCUCAAAGACCUUCCAAUGAAUCUUCGGCCUCAGGAAAGUCGGACCGUAUUCAGUGGCUCUGUCAGUAUCCCAUCGAUCACGAAAUCCCGCACAGAACCAGGACGAUCGAUGAGCGCAAGCAGUGGGUUAGCAGCAAGAUCAUCUGCACAAAAUGGCAGUGCAUUGCGGAGGGAAUUCUCAGGAGGUAGCUAUGGAGCAAAGCGUCAGCCUAUGGCAUCGCCCUCAGAUGGUUCGUUAUCCUCUGGUGGCCUGGACCAAGGCAGUGAUGCACCAACAAGGGACUAUGAGCGAGAGGACUCCGACUCACCGAGACACUCCACUGCAUCGAACAGCUCCAACCUCAGCAGCCCUCCCAGCCCUGUUUCUCCUCACAAGACCAAGAGCCUCUCGCUGGAGAGCUCUGACCACGUGAGUUGGGACUCAUGAACUGCUUCAGCAUUCAGAUUUGACACUACAGCAGCUUGCUGUCCCUUCACUUGCUCCAGUUCACACCUUCACCACCCUAACCCUCCUCAUUCCCCACCCAAAAGUCAACUGGGAGUCGGGUAGAGAGGAAGGUAGAAGCUGGUUGUCUGCAGCGCUGCCUCACCCUCCCUUCCCCAGAUUUGACAGCAGCGAAUGAGCAAAGCUAGGGUGUUGGUAAAUAUCAGAUGCUGUAGAUUUGUAUUAGUAUUGGUUUCAUCUUUUGCGAUUACAGCUGCUUUCAUUUUCAAAGACAUGUAUUUAUCCUACCCUACAAUUCCUUCAAAAGUAACUUAAAUAGACCAGACCGGUAUCAGCAAGAGAAGAUGUAGAGGGAUUUUUUUUCAUACAAUAGCUCAUUGUACUGUACAGAAGCAGCACAGAGACCCCUUCCCCUGCAUGGGGAAUGAUUGGUAUGUCAGAGGCACAUAAAAGCUUUCAGCCACCACGUUUGAAUGUCAAUCUGAUUGUUGCCAGCAAAUCCUUAUUGAUUAAGAUGAUGCAUAUUUUACUACAGUACAGAGUUUAAAUAAAUACACAGAUGUUAGAGUAAAAUAUGUAUGUAUAUAUUAAAAAAGAAAAAAAAAAGAAAAAAAAAAGCAUUGUGUAUGCAGCAGAAGAUGGAUGCUUAUUUAAGAGAGCCUUUAAUUUAAGAUUUGUGUUGUCCCUGUUUUCAUGCUCGGUGAUAUACAGACUUGGAGGCCUGGCCUAAAACCUUUCACAGGACAGAUAUUCCUUUUGCAUAUCAUUCGCUGCACUGCCGGGAGAAGCCCCUGCAGUACUUUCCCAAUGUUUCUGUAUUUCUGGCAGUAGCAUCUGAGGCUAUAAUUCCUAACUUCAUGUUAAUCCCCAUCCUUUGCAAAAAUGACAGUGGUUGGAAAGCGACCCCCCGCUCCAACACCCGAGGGCACCCAUCAGCCAGCUGGCUGUUCCGGGUGCUGGUGUGUGGCUGUGCAGCUGAGAAACCUGCAGUAGAGGUCCUUACAGCAGCAAGGGAGCUCAGUGCCACAGGAUUCAGCAGGAAAACUGUUUCCCUGGGUCAGACUUUGACCAGGCUUCACUGGGAAGGGAGCAGUCUUCCACAUCUCUUUCAUCAUCCCUUAACAAAAACCCGUUACUGUUGUUACCAAAUACUAGUUUAUAAUACACAUAGCCAAAUGAGUGCUCUUACUCUGAAGCUAGCUACUGCUGGCUGUGCUGUCACUGUAGCAACGACAAACCUUGAAGACUGACCUCACACUGUUCACACUGUGGCCAUCACAGAUGCCUGGUCACCCACAACUGCCGUGCGGGUAAGGUUGGUUUUCCUCUCCCUCCCCACCCAUGCUGUGGGUCUGUGCAAUUUGCAGUUGUUUCUAUGUGCUCACCUGCUGUUCGGUUCCAGUCGCAGGCCAGGAAGGCAGGAAGUAUUGCAGUGGAUGACAGAGUGCACUGAGGUUGCAAAAAAUAAGUAAAAAGCUGAAGCUGGUCAUACAGUCACCGGAAUAAAGUGAGCGACUGACGUACACAGGGAUGGUAAGAGGAAGAUCUUUCUCUCUUUAGAUAGCAAAGCAGAUGCGUUUUUCAUUUAGGAGUGUUCAGAUGAGCCUCUUUUCUCAGUAGUAUUGUUGCUGGCAUUACGCUAUGACCAUACUCAAACAUGUAAGGGCUUUUUGUAUUUAGAAUACUGUUUUUUGUGGGUUUCAGAAACUUGCUAUGGCUCUUAAACCAUUCCAUAUUCUUGCAGUUAGCAGUAAUAUUGUGUUUCAUCCGGAUAGAAAUGUUUGGAGUUUUCCAGUUUCUGUCUUCUGUAAUGGAAGUUAUAGGUAAGUUCAGACCGUGUACAGUAAUUUCCAGGUAUGAGCUAAGUGUGAAAUGGGAUGAGAUGCAGAGAUUAUCACCUGAACCAUUUUGUCACGCUGGGUCUCCUCAGUAAGAUUUCUCUUUCUUCCUGCAUCACAGCUUGUCCAAGUUUAAGCUCAUUCAGUGUUACAUUAGGACAGGAAUUCAACACUUUGAUUUAAUAACCGUCAUUUCAAAACCUGUCUCUCUCCAGUUUGGGUUUUUCAGACUAGCAAAAUGGUAAUGGUGGUUUGUUUUCACUUCAAAUCUAUUACUGUUGCAAGCCCGGCAUUUAAUACUAAAGGCCUUAGCCAGCAGCUUAGCACUUGCAAUCAAUUCCUCCUAGAACAGGUUUUCAUCUUUGUGAGGGACAGAGAGGCAGGGCGUUAUUGGCAUCACUAGAACUGCGCAUCAGCUUCUUUUUACAGGCUGCCUAUUGCUUCCAGUAUAGCCACUGCUUUUCCCCACAAUUCCCUCCUUUUGGUGAAGCAUGUCCACACACUUCUCAAAGCCUUUGCAGACUAGUUUUGUAUUUACUGUAUGUUGUAUUUAAACAUUAAUCUUAUUUUGAUAUUGAGAGAAGGCAUUUAAACAAUAGUCACGUAAGGUAUAGCCGCCUGUGCGACACGUCCCCUGAGAGAGGUCACUGCGUCGUCUUUGUGGACGUUUUUGUAGCUGAGUUAAUGCUCUGUCUGAAAACGGAACCCAAAGAGUCGUGACACAGCAAACAAAACGACCAAAUGCGCCCAUUUACUGUGUCCUGGUGCCUGCAAUCUGUUGCUACCCCAACCCACUACAAACGGGCGUUUUCAGGCAGAGCAGAGAGCAGCUGUGUGGCACGAUGCUCUGCAGGAGGAGAGCUCCACAGGACUACACUGUUUGUGCACCACAGUUUCUAAGGCUGGGCAUUUUCCUUUAGGAUUACUAUAUUUAAUCAGUAGGUUGGUACUGUGCAUUUUGUUACGCAUCUGUUAAAAAGAGAAACAGCAACUGUUCUCUCAGUUGAAAAGCAAAUGACCACAUCGCUUAUUGGUAAAGAGAAAUGUCCUGGGAUUUGAAUAGUUUUUAUGUAUUCGGGGACCAUUUGAUUAUACAUUCGAUUUUAAACCACGCUCAUCUUUUUUGUUGGCACGAACACUGAAAACAAAAGCAUUCUGUAGCUGAGCUUUACGCGUUGGGCUGGGGCAAGCAGCUCGGUCAUUUGAACUGUAGGACUUUUGCCUGGGAUCUCAAUGACAGUUGUCUCUUAAGGUUUGAUGUCUGCUGCUUUGCACUGUAGCAUUGUUUCACCUCCACAGUUUGAGGGCUGCAACUUGUCUGGGGAGCUUGAAACCUCCCCUUCAGUCUGUGACUGUAGCAUAUGUUCUGUGUACACAGUUAUGUGUCUAGCUGAUUUUUUCCUUUUGGCUGAGACUGAAGGUAUCUUGCAUUUAUGACACUACUUAAACAUAGGGGCUGUUGGUUUUUUGCUUUUUAUUGUUAAUUUUGGUGGCAACAAGGGAUGUGAAGAUUCAGGCAGCUACUAAGGGGACUCCAGGUUAGAGAAUGCGAAGGUUUGGUCAGUAGGUUUCCCCUGCACGUGCAUGGACACAGAUGUGCACUUUCCUUACACAUUUCCUACACCCAAAAGCAGGGUUGGAGUACACUCUGCUCUGUUCUAUCUGACCUGUAGAAAACAGCUGGUGGCUCCAGAAACCCAUGCCUGGUGCUGUGGAAGUGACUGCUUUUCCUCUCUGUUAGCUGCUGCAGCUUGUUAGGAAUGCACGUUUUGCUCACUUUAGCGAGUUUCGUAACUUGCUGUGCCUGAUUUGGUUCUGAUAAACUGAACAGCCAACUGUGUUGGAGUCUCAGGUAUGCAGCAGGGGGAAGUAAAGGGUCUUAUUGUAACAAAGAAGUCCCCAGAGCAUCGUGUUCUUAUGGAAAUAGCAGUUCAUGGAGCCUUUAAAAUAUAAAACACUUGGACUGUUUGCAGAGUGACAGACACCGACCAGCAGGACGCUGAAUGACAGAACAUGCUCUCGGGUAGAAGUAGUUUCUCAUUCCGUUUUGUGCACAUCGUUUAGUUUUAUACAAAUACAUUAAAGGUCAAAUCUAUCACAGUGCAGCUACCCCUACCUCCUUAGCCUGGGAAUCAAAGUGGCACACGUAGCUUCUGCCACGGGCUUUUGGGUUUCUUCUUUUUACAUAGGAGUCGGUUGCUCACAGGAAAUGGGAUGGUUUUCUGCACUAGCACCAAGGCAAGCAGAAGGGCACGGGUGUGUUCAGGCUGCGUUUGGCAGGUGCCCUCAGAAGCAGGCCUAUGGACUUUCCGUGCUAAAUUCCAACUCCACUUUGUCUUUCUUUCCAGCCGCAGCUUUGUAUAACCUAUUUUCACUUCGUGUUUAAGAAAGUCUCAUCCACAGGGAAGAAAUCCACAAACAAACCAGUGUUGGUAAUUCAGAGCAAUUAUACCUGCCUUUUUAUGUAUGACAGUUUCAUAUCAUUUAUUUUUAAAAUAUGGGAUUUUUUAGGUUUUUCAUUGUAAUAUUAUUGUACAGUUUUGCAUGGCAUAGAUGUAAUCACUUUUUGUUUUAGAUUAUAAAAGCUGACAAGUGUGCGUGUGGGGGAAAGAUUCUGCUUUUUGCCUCUUCUCACUAUUUUGUUUAAUGCCCUCAAUGUUGUAGGGGACAUUGUAAGAGAUUCUCUGCUCCAGAACAAUGAUGUAGAUUCUUUUGCACAGAAAUAUUUAAGGUGGAAAAGUCAACAAUGUAAAAAUGACUCACCACCAAUAUUUUAUGUUGGUAACACUUAAUAUUAACCUACUUUGAUGUACUGCAAUAAAACAGGGAACUGUUAGAAAUGGAGAU